CUCUUGCUUUUGUGUCACUAUACGCACUAGAAAUCAAAUUAAAAUAAUGCCUCAUUUAUGCUUCUUCUUCGUAUAAUAGUUAACAAAACGGUCCUUACUUGCAGAGUCAUCGUCGAAAAAGAAACUUUUACUCAAACUGCUUAUCUCUUUCUCUUUGGCUGCCCCUAAAACCCAAGCUCUCUAUCCGCCCCUAAUCAACACAAUACUCGCAUAUAAAUGACAUAUAUACCGUAUACGAGAGUACUGGCUACCAAACAUACGUAAUUUCUUAAAUUUUUAUUUAUAAAUUUCAGUUUUAACAGUUUUAUAAGACAUGAGUAGACAGACAUGAGAGCUUAGGAAAAAAGAAAGAUUAUAAUAUCAUAUUAUAGUUAGAAUACAAUUCAAAAGUUUAACGGGAAAAUCGUCGUGUUUUCGUGGCGGCAGCAAAGGGUGGUGACGGUUUUCACAAAGGCUACAAAAAAGGAGAAACAGAGAGCCACAAUUUGCACCAAACAUUCAAACCAUAGAAAUUUGGGGAAACAUCUAGGGUUUCAACUUUCAACAAUCCACAACACAAACAAACCUUCUGCAUGCAAAUGCAACAACAUUCACGUAAUCAUCUUCAAUGCACAACACACCUUCAAUCAAUCUCAUUCAUAACCUAAUCUGAUCAAUCGUCAACAAUGGAGGCAUUAACACAGCUCUGCGAUCUCAUUUCAAACAAUCCAACUCCAAAUUCAUCCAAAAUCGCAUGGAUCUGCAAACGAUGUCCUCAACCAGAAUCAUUACUAUCCGGUUCCCCUAGGGUUUCACGCUCUCAACUCAACGCGGUUCUCGCAACGGCCAGAUUCAUAUCUCAAUGUCCUAAUUACGAUGACGUCAGCCCUAGAAACACGGUUUUGGAGUUUAUUCGUUCCAUUCCGUCGUCGUUUGGUCAAUCGUUUUGGCCGAAAGCGUUUGCUGUUUCAUCGAUUGGUUCGUUUUAUAAUGAGUUUUUAGGUUAUGUUGUUAAAGCGGGUGAGUUGUAUCAGGAUUUUAGUACAGAUGUUGCGGGAUUCAUGGGGGGGAUUGUGUUUGCUGCUCUUGAUGAUGGGAGUAAUGAGUUAGGGAUUUCUAGGGCGUUUUUGGCAGCGAUGGCGGAGAGUUUUCCGCAGAUUAUUCCUGCGGAUGCGAAUAAGUUGGUUACGCGGUUGCUUGAUUCGUAUUUGGGGAGUUGUCCGAGUGGUUCGAGUGGGAAUGUUGGUGUUGAUGGGUCGAGUACUCCAAGUGGUGGAGAUAAUAAGGGUGUUCCGAAUUUUAAAGAGGAGGCUAUGGAGAUGUUGGAGAAGCAAGAGAUUGCGUUUAAGUUGAUUGAACGGGUUCUUGAUAAAGUUCAGAUUGAUCCCGGUCUUUUGGAACGUGUACGGCUUAUUGCGAAGGAACAGCUGCGGAUAAUGACUUCUUUCCUCAAGAUAAGGAAAUAUGACUGGACAGAGCAGGGAGCAUCACUGAAAGCUAGAAUCAAUUUGAAGCUUUCUGUUUACAAGGCUGCUGCUAAAUUAAAAGUUAAAAGUCACGUGUCCCUUGAUUUAGAUGGUAAAUCAUCAAAGAAAUUGUUGCAUGGGGCUCUUGCUUUGCUAGUAGAAGCAGCUGAAGCUUGUCUAUACUCUGUGUGGCGUAGAUUGCGAACAUGUGAAGAUCUUUUCAAUUCAUUGCUUGAUGGUAUCUCCAAAAUUGCUUUUACUCGUGGAGGUCAUCUACUAAGGGUUUUGCUUAUUCGUUUCAAACAGCUUGUGCUACUUACAUGUGCUCAGGCAGAGAGUAGCGGAAAUAACCAGGGAGCUAUGUUUGAUAGUGUCUUAAAGACGAGCUGUGAGAUAAUCGAAUACGGAUGGACCAAAGACCGGACACCGGUGGAUACAUUUAUCAUGGGAUUGGCUACAAGUAUUCGUGAACAAAAUGAUUAUGAGGAAAAGGAUGCUAAAGAGAAGGCUGUUCCUGUUGUACAGCUCAAUGUCAUCCGGUUGCUUGCACAGAUAAAUGUACAAGUUAAUAAAGCUGAAGUGGUUGACACAAUAUUGCCAUUAUUUAUUGAAAAUCUAGAGGAAGGUGAUGCUUCAACACCUGGCUUGUUACGCCUUCGGAUUCUUGAUGCUGUUUCUCGCAUGGCAAGCUUAGGGUUUGAGAAGUCGUAUCGUGAAGUUGUUGUGCUAAUGAUGAGGAGUUACUUGAGCAAACUUUCUACCAUUGCAUCUGCAGAAAGCAAUACUUUGCCAGAAGAUGCCAAUUCAGAACGCCUUGAGACUCUUCCUGCAGGGUUUGAAUUGAUAGCUAGAGACCUUAAAAAUGCCCAACUACGAGUCGACUAUCGUCAACGCCUAUUAUCAUUAUGCUCAGAUGUAGGCUUGGCUGCUGAGUCCAAAAGUGGAAGCUGUGGAGCUGAUUUCUUGGGGCCUUUACUUCCAGCUGUAGCUGAAAUAUGUUCCGAUUUUGACCCAACGGUGGACGUUGAACCUUCACUUCAAAAGUUAUUUCGAAAUCUAUGGUUCUACAUUGCUCUUUUCGGUUUAGCACCUCCAGUGGUGGAAUCUUCGAAGUCACAUUCUACAACAUCCAGCAGCGCAGGAAGUACAACUGCAAUUUCUAUUCAAGCUGUGAAUGGACCGUACAUGUGGAGUCCUCACUGGUGUUCUGCUGUAAAGCGUAUCUCUCAAGGGACCCCACCCCUCGUUGUUAGCUCUGUAAAAUGGCUUGAAGAUGAGCUAGAACUUAACGCACUUCAUAAUCCCGGUAGUCGUAGAGGAAGUGGAAACGAAAAAGCGGCUGCAAGCCAAAGAGCAGCGCUUUCCGCUGCUUUAGGAGGGCGUGUUGAGGUUUGGACUAUGAGCACAAUUUCAGGAGUGAAGGCAACUUAUCUUCUUGCAGUUGCGUUUUUGGAAAUCAUAAGGUUCAGCAGCAAUGGCGGGCUCCUUAAUUGCAGCCCCAAUUCUACGGCUUCUAGGAGUGCAUUCAGCUGCGCUUUUGAGUAUUUAAAAAGUCCAAAUCUCGUGCCUGCUGUUUUUCAAUGCUUAAUGGCUGUUGUUCACCGUGCUUUUGAGACAGCAUUGUCAUGGCUGGAGGAUCAAGUAUAUGAAACAGGGUAUCCGUUGGAUGUUAGAGAAUCGACACUUGGUGUUCACGCAUGUUUUCUCAUAAAGAGUUUGUCUCAAAGAGAUGAACAUGUUCGAGAAGUCUCCGUUAAACUCUUAUCUCAACUUCGGGAUAGUUUUCCACAGAUCUUGUGGAAUUCAUGUUGUCUGGAUAAUCUUCUAUUCUCUGUGCAAAAUGACCCGCCUUCAGCUAUUGUUAGUGAUCCCGCUUGGAUAUCCUCUGUUCGAUCCUUAUACCAAAAAAUCGUGCGCGAAUGGAUUAUUAUUUCACUUUCACAUGCACCAUGCACCAGCCAGGGCCUUCUUCAGGAAAAACUUUGUAAAGCAAACAUGUGGCAACGGGCCCAGCCUACAACCGACGUCGUUUCACUUUUAUCGGAAAUACGGAUCGGGCCGGGGAAAAGCGAUUGCUGGAGCGGUACAAAAACCGCAAAUAUACCCGCAGUUAUGGCUGCAGCAGCUGCAUCAUCAGGUGGGAAUCUGAAGUUAACGGAGGCGUUUAAUCUUGAAGUUCUUAGCACAGCUAUUGUUAGUGCAACAGUGAAGUGUAAUCAUUCUGGAGAAAUCGCUGGAAUGACAAGAUUGUAUGAGAAUAUGGAGAAAGCAGAUGAUGAUAUUGAAGGUUCAUCAUCUCCUGGACCGGGCUCGGGCUCUGGCCCGGCCCAGAGUAGUUUUUCAAGAUUGAUAUCUGGAGCUUUUCCUCAACCACCACAGCCCAAAAAAGAGUCUUUUGGUUCGAUAUUACUUAAUAAGUUUGUUCGUCUUAUUCAAAAGUUUGUUAUCACUGCAGAGAAGGGUGGUGAUGUGGAUAAAUCCUCGUUUAGAGAAACUUGUUCUCAGGCAGCUGCACUGGUUCUAUCAACUCUGGAUUCAGAUUCAAAAACGAAUGUAGAGAGCUUUUCCCAACUUUUGCGUCUUCUUUGCUGGUGUCCUGCUUACAUUUCUACAAUCGAUGCAAUGGAAACCGGUAUAUUCAUCUGGACAUGGUUAGUUUCAGCUGCACCUCAACUGGGCCCCGUAGUCCUUGCAGAGCUUGUUGAUGCAUGGUUAUGGACCAUUGAUACAAAACGUGGUCUAUUUGCAUCUGACGUGAGGUAUUCCGGACCCGCUGCCAAGUUAAGGCCCCACCUCUCACCCGGUGAACCACAAUCACCCCCUGAAACGGAUCCUGUCCAACAAAUUCAAGCACAUAAGUUAUGGAUUGGGUUUUUCAUUGAUCGUUUUGAGGUUGUACAACAUGAUAGCAUAGUACAACUGUUGCUUCUUGGUAGGAUGUUACAGGCGACUACAAAACUUCCGUGGAAAUUUUCACGGCACCCGGCCGCUGCUGGUACUUUUUUCACAGUCAUGCUGUUUGGACUUAAAUUCUGCUCAUGCAAAUAUCGCGGGAGGUUACAAAAAGUUAGAAUGGGACUUCAGCUUCUGGAAGACGGGAUUUAUCGGGCUUCAUUAGGCUGGUUUGCGCAUGAACCCGAAUGGUUUGAAUCUGAUCAUGGGAAUUUUGCACAUAGUGAAGCUCAAUCCUUGUCUUCAUUUGUCCAGUUUCUCCUUAAUCAGCAAUACGAUACAAGAAUUGGGGAACAUGGAAACUCUUUGAUUGAUAUGAAGGAUCAUUGUCACCCUGUAUGGGGACUGAUGGAGAAUUACGCGAUUGAUCGAGAGAAGCGGAAACAGUUACUUUUAAUGUUAUGCCAGCAUGAAGCUGAUAGGCUUGAAGUUUGGGCACAACCUGUUAGCUCCAAAGAGAGCACGAAUUCUCGGUCAAGAAUUGGCUCGGAGAAAUGGGUUGAGUAUACAAGAACUGCGUUCGCUGUUGAUCCUCGGAUUGCUUUCUCUUUAGGUGCUAGAUUUCCAGCGAAUCCUAAUAUAAAGGCAGAAAUUACACAGUUGGUUCAGACGCAUAUCUUGGAGAUCCGUAACAUACCUGAAGCUCUACCAUAUUUUGUUACCCCUAAGGCAGUUGAUGAAAAUUCUCCCCUUUUGCAACAAUUGCCAUAUUGGGCUGCUUGUUCAAUUACACAAGCUAUAGAGUUUUUCACUCCAGCAUACAAGGGUCACCCGCGUGUGAUGGCUUAUGCUUUACGGGUAUUGGAGUCUUACCCUCCCUCCAAAGUAACCUUUUUCAUGCCCCAACUCAUUCAAGCUUUGCGGUAUGAUGAUGAGAUGUUGAUUGAAGGGUACUUGCUUAGAGCUACUCAAAGGAGUGACGUGUUUGCCCAUAUUCUCAUCUGGCAGUUACAGGGCGAGACGUGUGAACCAGAGCAAAGUAAAGAAGCAGUGUCAGCAAAGACUCAAGCGUUUCUAGCUCUGCUGCCAGUUGUUAGAGAACACAUUAUCGAUGGUUUUGGUCCCGAGGCCCGUGACGUGUUUCACAGAGAAUUUGAUUUCUUUGAAAAAGUUACAUCUAUAUCAGGUGUUCUUUAUCCACUUCCAAAAGAAGAGAGGAGAGAUGGCAUUAGGAGAGAGUUGGAAAAAAUUCAGUUGCCUGGGGAUGACCUUUAUCUACCUACAGCUCCUAAUAAACUUGUCAAGGGUAUUCAGGUAAAUAGUGGAAUUCCCUUGCAGUCAGCAGCAAAGGUACCGAUUAUGAUCACGUUUGAUGUGGCGGAUCGAGACGGGGACCCCAAAGAUAUUAAACCGCAAGCUUGUAUUUUCAAGGUUGGAGACGACUGUAGACAAGACGUGCUUGCUUUACAAGUAAUUUCACUUCUAAAAGACAUAUUUGAUGCAGUUGGACUCGGUCUUUAUUUAUAUCCCUACGGAGUGCUUCCAACCGACCCAGAAAGAGGAAUAAUUGAGGUUGUGCCAAAUUCACGCAGCAGAAGCCAGAUGGGUGAAACAACUGAUGGUGGUCUGUACGAAAUAUUUCAACAGGAUUUUGGGCCGGUUGGUUCACCGGCUUUUGAAACUGCCCGUGAGAAUUUCAUCGUCAGCAGUGCUGGUUAUGCUGUUGCCAGCUUGUUGCUUCAGCCAAAAGAUAGACAUAACGGAAAUCUUUUAAUCGACAAUGAGGGGAGGCUUGUUCACAUUGACUUUGGGUUCAUUUUCGAGAUAUCACCUGGCGGGAACAUGCGGUUUGAAAGUGCUCACUUCAAGCUGAGUCACGAAAUGACUCAGUUACUUGAUCCAUCUGGUGCCAUGAAAAGUGACACGUGGCAUUUAUUUGAAAGUUUGUGUGUUAAGGGGUACCUUAAUGCUCGCCGGCAUAUGAACGGGAUUAUAAACACAGUUUUAUUGAUGGUAGAAAGUGGAUUACCAUGUUUUAGCAGAGGAGAUCCAAUUGGUAAUUUAAGAAAGAGAUUUCGUCCCGAGAUGAGUGAGAGAGAAGCAGCAAAUCACAUGAUCCAUAUAUGUGCUGAUGCCUAUAACAAAUGGACUACUGCUGGCUAUGAUUUAAUUCAGUAUUUACAACAGGGUAUUGAAAAAUAAACCCUCCUGUUAUUAUCAUUACUAUUGUAAUUAUUACUAUUUUUAUUUAAGGGUAUUUUAGACAUAUAACCCUGGUUAGAUCAAUUCUUUUGGUGAAGAAAGUGUAUGUUACAAGUUCAGUGAGUUAUGUCAGUCUUCAUGUGGAUUUGGAUCUACUGACCCUUGAAUCUUGAUACUAGUAAUUUGUAAUUAGUAAACUCAUUUAUUUGGCUGAA